AUGGCGCAAGGCAACGGAACCAGCGGCGGGAAGCAAGCAACUGCAUUAACAUUCGGAGCCUUCGAAGAAUUUAUUCCCGGUCCGGGUUCUGCUUGGCCUUCAUACCUGGAAAGGUUAGAAUUUUACUUCACCGCCAACGACAUCACUUCAAGCGACAAGAAGCGAGCUGUGCUGUGCACGGUGUGCGGUGCUGCGACGUAUGCAGUUAUCCGUUCCCUCUGUUCCCCGUCUUUGCCUUCGGAAACGGAUUAUAAAGACAUUGUCUCUAAGUUAGCAACACACUUCAACCCGAAACCUUCGGUUAUCGUCCAGCGGUUCCAGUUCGGGAAGCGUGACCAGCGGCCUGGGGAAAGUGUUGCCGACUAUGUCGCCGAACUUCGUCGGUUGUCCGAACACUGUGCCUUCGGGUCAACGCUUGACGACAUGCUUAGAGACAGACUUGUCUGUGGACUUCGUGACGAGUCUCUCCAGCGACGACUGUUAGCUGAGUCUAACUUGACCUUCACCUUGGCUCAGGACAAGGCGAUAGUAGCAGAAUAUGCUCUUCGUGAGACCGAGAAGAUUCGGGGGGCGAUGCCCACCGAUGUUUACAGUCUUCAGAAGGAUGGCGUCGCAGGAGGUGCUAAGCCUAACAAGACGAAGCCGAAACAUGACAGUGCAGGACAGCCAACCAGUGCAUCAACGAAAUGCUUCCGCUGCGGAGGAGUUCACGUACCGGACGACUGUCCGUUUCGACACGCAGUAUGCCAUUACUGCAAACAACGGGGCCACAUCGUGAAAGUUUGCCAGAAGGAAGCUAAGGCGAGACGUUCGCCGACGACGCAAAAAUCUUCAAGCGGGAGACCAGACGGCCACCGUCGUGGUCGAGGAGCCGACGUUUACGGCGUUUUCCAAAUAACAGCUGAAGAACCAGCGGUCCGCGUGUCGGUAGAAGUCAAUGGACAGCCUCUUGAAAUGGAGGUGGACUCGGGAGCAGUGUGCUCUGUGGUCAAUGAGAGGACCUUUCGGCGACUUCGUCUGUCCAAACACAAACUUCAGCCCUGUGAGCUCCGCCUUCGUACGUAUAGCCAACAGGAGUUGAGGGUAUUGGGUUCCGCAACUGUAAAUGUUUGCCACAAGGGUCGUCAAGAGCGACUGCGCUUGGUGGUCGUCAAGGGAGCUGGUGUGAGUCUACUUGGCAGGGAUUGGUUCAAGGCCCUGGAAAUUGAGGUGAAGAUCCAUCGACUGGAUGCCGGUGUCAAGAACCUAGGCUCUUCAACAACGCCGGUGCUGUGUAAAUACGCAAAGGUCUUCCAACCAGGAUUGGGAAAGAGCAAGGGACCGCCAGUAAGGGUAGAAGUGGAACCUACCGCCCAGCCAAAGUUUUACAAGGCAAGACCAGUGCCCUUUGCAUUGUUGCCAAAGGUGGAUGAAGCUUUGGACAAACUUGUUGAGCAAGGCAUCCUUGAGCCGGUUAGACAUUCAUCGUGGGCCACACCUAUCGUGCCAGUGGUCAAGAAGAACGGCGCAAUAAGGGUAUGUGGGGACUACAAAAGUUCUGUUAAUUCCGUUGUCCGAUGGGAAACUUAUCCACUGCCCACUCCAGAAGAACUGUUCUCUAAACUUUCUGGUUGUUUGGUGUUUUCAAAGCUUGAUCUGGGUCAAGCGUACCAGCAGCUGACAGUGGAUAAGGAGACUGCCGAUCUGUUAACCAUUACUACGCAUCGUGGUCUGUUCCGUGUCACACGUCUACCCUUCGGAGUGGCAGUAGCUGUUGCUAUAUUCCAGCGUUAUAUGGAGGAACUGUUGCAAGGCCUCGAUGGAGUGCAGGUUUACCUUGACGACAUACUGGUAGGCGGCAAGAAUGAGGAAGAACACAACACCCGGCUUGAAGCUGUACUGCGAAGGAUCCUUGAGGAUGGUGUCCGCUUAAACAAGGACAAGUGCCUGUUUGGGGUAAAGGAAGUCAUUUUUUUGGGACACAAGAUCAGCGCCGGCGGAAUCCAGCCAACUGAUGACAAAGUUAAGGCUAUCCAUGAAGCACCUGCACCAAAAUGCAAGAAGGAGCUACAGGCCUUCCUCGGAGCACUGAACUUUUACAACAGGUUUUUGCAAGGAGCAGCACAUACCUUGGAGCCACUGUAUCGAUUACUUGACGCGCAGAGCAAGUGGAAAUGGACAGGGCGAGAGGCGACAGCCUUCCAACAAGCCAAGCAGUUGUUACAGUCAUCGGACAUCCUUGUGCACUAUGAUGUCCAGAAGCCUUUAGUCAUGGCCUGUGAUGCAUCUCCAUAUGGUCUUGGAGUGGUAUUAAGUCACGUCGAAGCCGAUGGUAGGGAGCUACCAGUAGCGUAUGGGUCUCGGACAAUGACAGCCGCCGAACGGAAUUAUGCGCAGAUCGACCGUGAAGCCUUGACCACAAGCGCCUACUGGGACUUCUACACCAUACAAAGCCUAUUCCGCAAGUGCUAUCACCUAGGAUGCUACGGUGGUCGUUGA